AUGCAAGCCCUGAAAAAGCAAGACUCAAAAGUACCCUCGAUUCGAUGUGCGGACAAACUUUUCGCGAACCCAGAGCUGAGCACCUCCUUGCCGUGGCUCUACAAAUUCACUGCCCUGUACAAAAGCAGUAGAUUACUGUGGAUGAUGACCUUUUUCUUCCUAAUGCCAGUUAUUUUCACCGCUCUUGGAGCAGUUGUGAUUGCACUGAAAAGUGCACAGUACAAAUAUCACGGGCCAGCUGGCCGGCUCAAGGCCAGAGACGAGCGACGCAUGAAUGCGCUAGUCAUUGCCAUCUACGUCGGCUUCAUUUUAUGCUGGAUACCGCACUACUGCUACGAGCUAAUACGCGAGUUUGGAACUGACCAGGGCCGCGGUAUACUCGGCAGCUUCUUAAGAAUCUUUGCUGACAUGAGAUAUUAUUUCUGCGCCUUUGGGACAGCCAUAAAUCCGAUUCUACUGGGACUUGCUGGGCCCGGUUUUUGGUGCAGCGACUCAAAGGACUCAUCUCAAAAAGAACCUCUUCUCGGUCAAAAAAGCGACCGCCUGUAA